AUGAGUGAUUCUGCUUAUAAACUUAAGUACCAAAAAUAUAAAAUACGUGUUAAAACUUGGGAGAAGGAUUUUAAACGAAAAUAUUCUCGUAUUCCAUCUAAAUAUGAUAUUCGAGAGGCGCCGCAAGAAAUACGAGAUUCUUACAAAAUGUAUUAUAAGUUGAAGACUUCAUUUUUGGAGGACACGUUGAAUGAUGUAUUUGAUGAUGAUGGAUUCAAUGUGUUGGAAAUCUCUCAGGAUGAAGGCCAUUCAAUUGGAAAACACCACAACAAUGAAAGUCUAGAGAUGUCCAGCAGCAUUGCAGCAUUAGUUGGCGGUAACACAGACUCCUUGCUGCCGCUGUCGGCACAGCUCAAAGAGGAUCCCUCACCAUUUCCAACACUUGAAGAAGCCGAGCGUAUGGCAGCUCAUAAUAAGGUUGUGGUGCACAGCAGAAAUAUAUCGAAAUUGCCAGCUGCACCAAAUACUGCAUUAUAUCAGAACAGUGAAGAUGGUUGCCUAAGAGAAAAGCAAGAAAAUACAGAUGAGCAGGAUGAAGAAGUAGAUGAGGAGACCACGGGCGGUAACCGAAGUAAUGGUAACUCUGUUGAUGACUAUGAAAGCGAGAAUAGUAUGGGUUUUGAAAGCGAUGAAGAGCUUGAAAAUAUAAACCUAGAACAAUUAUCCACUCCGACUACUCAAGUUUCACCCAUUAAAAAAUAUGUAGGUCACCAAAUUCCAGAAAGUUUUCUUAAAGAAGCCGGUUUACAUUCGACAAGUACGAAUGAAAAAAUACCAGGUACACAGUUUGGCGAUAUCAGUCCUCUUUAUGAACUCGAUUCCGAAGGAAAUGUACGUACCGACGUUCCCUCCGAAGUAACAGAUGCAUUGCGUAUGUUCGGUCAUACCAAUUUUCGAAAAGGCCAAGACCGUGCAAUUAUGCGUAUACUAUCUGGUCUUUCAACGUUAGUUACUCUAAGCACCGGCAGCGGAAAGUCGUUAUGUUAUCAGUUGCCCGCUUAUUUGUAUAGCCAUCGCAGACGGGCAAUAACAUUAGUUAUAUCACCGCUCGUGUCCCUUAUGGAAGAUCAGGUGACCGGUGUGCCACAUUUUUUGCGAGCACAUUGCCUACACACAAAUCAAACACCCCAACAGAAACUUAAGGUAAUGGAGAAAAUAUCUGCUGGUGAAGUGGAUAUUUUGUUAGUGUCACCGGAAGCAGUAGUGGCUGGCGAACGUUCCACUGGUUUUGGCGCAAUUCUGCGGCAACUACCACCAAUUGCCUUUGCCUGCAUCGACGAGGCGCACUGUGUAUCGCAAUGGAGUCACAAUUUUCGCCCUAGCUAUCUGAUGAUUUGCAAAGUUCUAAGACAGAACUUGGGUAUUCACACAGUGUUGGGCCUAACUGCAACAGCAACGUUACCAACACGGCUAAGCAUUAUUAGUCAUUUAGGCAUAACGGAUGGCGUACGUGGUGUCAUAAGUGACACUCCACUGCCAGAUAAUCUUCUGUUGUCCGUAUCAAAGGACGAAAAUAAAGAUGCUGCGUUAUUGGCCCUACUUACAAGUGAUCGAUUUACUGACUGCCAUUCGAUAAUAGUUUACUGCACGCGUCGGGAUGAGUGUGAACGCGUAUCUUCAUACCUUCGCACAUGUAUGCAGGAUCAAUAUAAAGAGAAAGAUGCUUCAGCCAAUGGCAAGCGAAAGCGUAAGCGAGUAAAUUGGGCUGCGGAGCCUUAUCAUGCUGGUAUGCCGUCUUCACGGCGUCGCACAAUACAAAACGCCUUUAUGAGCAAUGAUCUACGCAUUGUUGUGGCAACCAUAGCUUUCGGUAUGGGUAUCAACAAACCAGAUUUACGUGCCGUUAUUCAUUACAAUAUGCCCCGCAAUUACGAAAGUUAUGUGCAAGAAAUUGGUCGUGCCGGUCGAGAUGGCAAGCCAGCACAUUGCCAUCUCUUUUUAGAUGCGCGUGGAGGGGACAAAUGUGAACUACGUCGACACAUCUAUGCGAACUCAAUCGAUCGACAUGUGAUACGCAAACUGUUGCAGCACGUUUUUGUGCCUUGUGCCUGUGCCAAGAAGGGGCAGUCGGAAGAGCAAUAUCAGAGAACCCAAGCUGCCAAAAAUGAAUUGGUGAUUAAUGCAGAAUCGCAAGUGAAUAAUCGAUUUUGUCCCGGCCAUGAAAUCGGAUUAUCGGUCGAACGGACCGUUGAAGAAUUGGACAUACCAGAGGAGAAUAUUUCUACAUUGCUGUGCUAUUUGGAGCUGGAUUCUCGCUGGAAUAUUAGUGUGCUUAGCAACGCCUAUACCAUGGCCAAGGUCAUAUCAUACGGAGGUGCCAAGUAUUUAAAACAUGCUGCCAAGGAAUGUGCCCCAUUAGCUAUGGCUAUUGCGCUUGAAAUAAAACAAAACAAAUUUAAGGACGAUUCAAAUUUAAUAGAGUUCUCCGUGGUUGAUGUUGCUGCUGCGAUUGGCUGGAAUAGUGGUGUGGUUAAAUAUCAACUUAAAAAUUUAGAGUGGACCCAAGUCGAUGGAUAUCCACGCCGCUCACCCAUUAACGUGAACUUUUAUGAUAUCGGCUUUCGUCUAAAAGCCCCAGGAGAUUUUAUACCUGAGGAAAUAGAUAAUGCACUUGACACCCUAUAUAAUCGCACCGUCGAGCAAGAAAGAACACAACUUAUACAGCUGCAGUAUGUUUUUCAGGGUCUUUCAUCGGUCGCCUACAAUACUUAUAUACCAUGCACUAGUGCGAAUUAUGCCCCGGAUCGCUCAAAUCAACUUAAAGGAAUUAUACGCGAUUAUUUCGAAAAUGACUAUCCAAAAGAACUUAAGUUGGAAGCUGAUGCUUCCGACUUAUCCGAUGCAGAUAUUGAAAACGAUGUACUUUCGCUCAUCAACA